AUGGCCAGGCCCACCGUCGUGCCCACGAGCGUCAGGGCGACUGUGCCCGAGGCUUUCAUGGUGCUCCACCUGAGGAUGAGGGUCGUGGAAGAGCAAACCAGCGCGCUGGUGCGAGACCUGGAGAUGCUGGGUGCCGAUGGGCAGAGCCGCGAUCGUUUGCGCUCAAAGACCUUGGAAACACCUGCUGGUCACCCAGCCAUCAGCCCUGUGCAGGCCAGGGUAGCGUUUGUGGGAGAAAACACACUGUGGAAAAACUGUGAAACUCUGGUGAAUCGAAUGUGUCGGUUAGAGAGUGUUGUACAGACACUGAAAUUAAACGUCUUCCAGCUGCAGACCGCAAAGGAACUGAAUCCAGAGCAUGCAGCCCAGUUGGAGCAGCGCCUGAAUGCAAUCCACGAGGAGCAUUUGCAAGAAAUGAAGAUUGUACAGCAAGAAGCAAUGAAGUUGCGCCAACACCUGAGUAGUAUGAAAGAGGCUGAAGAAAAGGCAAAAGAAGAAGUUCAGAGACUGCGUGCUGCUCUGGAGAUUACGACUGCGUCCAAGAUGAAUGUAGUGGUUGCAGCUGAGGAACUGAGGAACACAAACCAGAAAAUUCGCUGUAGAAUUCAGGAGCUAACAGAGCAGCUGUCUCAGGAGAUCAGCCUGCGGGAGUCUUUGGAGGAAUCCCAAGCAACUGUGAUGUGUCGUGUACGGGACAUGGAAACAACAGUAGAAGCAGAACGGAAGCAGGUGCAGAUAUUACAGCAGGACUGCCAAGAGUUGCGUAAAGAUGUCCAGCUAGCCCGAGCGAGGCUGCAAGAGGAGGAGGAAAGAACUGCCCAACUGGAGCAACAGUGCACACAACUGAAAGCUGAACUGGACUCCAGGAACUGUAUCAUUUCCCAGCUUGGUGAAGAAGCAGAAAACACACAGCUGUCCUUUAGCAAACAACGCAAAGAGAACCUGCAACUUCAGUCUAAAAUGGCUGCGCUGCGAGAAACAGCAGAGAAAGUCCAGGUCCUUAAUGACCACUUAAGCCAGCAAUGCUCAGAGCUCAGCACCACGCUCCAAAGUGUUGCCAUGGAGAAUGCUAAACUCAUUUUGGAUUAUCAGACCAUGCUUAAGGCAGAGCAAGAAAAGACUCGUAAGCUGCAAGAGCAAGACUCGCUUCCGAAUGCUGCCCCUGCCAACGUUCUUGGAGAGCUGCAGAGUGUGCAGCAUGAGAGGGCUCAGCUUCAAAGAGAGCUGGAGGCCUUGCGUACAGAGUAUGGCAAAUACAGGCAGAAAGCAAGCCUUGCUGAGGAGGCAGCAACCACACAGAGACAGCUUUUGAAAUGUACUGUUGCUCGACUGCAAGGUGAACUUGAGACAGCUUUGCAGGAGAAAGGAUCUCUGCUGGCAGAAAAGGAAGGUCUUCAACAGGAGAUAAGGACAACAGCAAAUGAAACAAUACAGGAAAGGAACAAACUGGAAGUAGAAAAAACAGAGAAUGAGCUAGAAAUGGUUUCAAUGAAAUUCACUUUGCAAACGCUAGAGGAAGAGAACAAGAGGCUAUUGGAUCACUUGGCUACACUGGUGCAUGAGCAGUAUGUUCAGCAGCAGGUGCAACAAGUGCUGGCAGAGCUGGCUGACAGCAAGAAUAAACUGGCCUAUGAGAAAGGAAAACUUCAGAUGGCAGUGCAGAAACUGGAGGAAGAGCUACUCCCCAUGCUUCUCAGAUACGAAAGCAAUCUUGGAAUCAUUUUGAGUUGGAAAACUAAAGAGGCCAAAAUGGCAAGCCUGCAGCACCAGCUGGACACAGCAAAAGAUGGUAACAGUAAGGUGACAGUGGUGCUGGAGCAUGUGUUAGCUUCUCACAAGAAGAUGCAAGCAGCUCUGGGUGCGGUACAAACUGAGCUGGGACACAAGGACACUGAAAUCAGCAACCUCAGAAAAGACAAGAGCCAAACUGAACAGAAAGUACAGAAGUUAGAAACAGAAUUGGAACAUUGCCAAGCCAGACUGGUUGCCAUGGGAAGGCAGCACAGCAGCCAGGUAGAGACUGCAUUUUUCUGUACUAACAGCCACCACCACGUUUUUGGUGUUGAGCUAAGGACCUUUGCUUUUUCUGAAUGCAAUGUACAGAAAUCCCUUGAAGAAUCCUCCUCCAAAUGGGCUGAAGUUUCCCGUGCUAACAAGGAGCUGCGGCAGAAAGUAAUAGAGCUGGAAAAGUCUUUGUCUAGUUACAGGGAAAAGCUAAAAAGCCAGAGAGCUCAAGUCAGACAGUGCCUGGCCUAUAAAGCCAACACAGAAAAGGUAAAGGAGACUGAAUCAGAACUGAGGAAAAUGGAAGCAAUAAAAGAGGAGUAUCAAAAGAAGAAUUAUGAACAGUCACAGGACAUCCAGAAAUUUGUGUCAGAGUUGAAAAGUGUGCAGAGUGAGAUGCAAGUGUUGUUGAAAAACCAACAUGAAGUGCAAGUGCAGAACAGGCAGCUGGAGAGCCAGCUGGAAGCGGAAAGAAGGCAAAGGCAGCAGCUGGGAAAUGAAUGUCAGAAACUGGUAAAAACAGUCAACUAUCUGAAGAAAUACAAAGAGGAGACAGAAAAGAAGCUGAAGGAAGCCAGCAUAGAGUCAGAACAGGCCACAGCUAGCCUAGAAGCAGCUCACCGCUGGUUCAAACGUAAGUUUGGCAGCCUGCAGCUAGAAGUUGUGAAAAGCCACCAACCAAAGAACCCUGAAGAAAGCAGCUCCAAAAAGGAGGAGAAAAAGCAAGAAGAGCUUCCCACUGACACCUCCCGGGACAGCAGGGCAAGGACUCAGCACCAGGAAGGCCCACGUGAGCUGGGCAGGAAAUGA